CCUCAUGCUCGGUGAGGAGGGCCAUCUUACCGGGGUUUUGAGAAGCUUGAUUGUCUUCCUGCUACAAGAGGAUUAUUUUGUUCAUUUGUUAUGACUAUGACCAUGUGUGAUUGGUAUGGACAGAUGUAAUGCUUGCUCGGCUGAAGAAACUCUAUUUGGGACUCUGAUCACGGACCUUAACCUCCAACGCCUUCUGGUCAUCUACAGAUAAGACUGUUUCUGUUUACUGGACUAUCCUUUGAUCUCACUUGUAAUGGACUUAAUGUCUGUUGGGUGUAUAUAUAGCUCAUGGAAGCUUAAAAAGGUUGUAUGUAUGUAUGUAUAUAUUUGUGUGGCUUGACAAAUUAUGGGAUGUGGGUAUGUUCAAUAUGUUGAAUACAAAUGAAGCAACAACAAAAGAAAUGGUUCCCCCCUUGUAAUUAAUAUAGCAUGAACAGUGCAAAGUAGCUGAGACUGUUAUUAUUAUUAUUAUUAUUAUUAUUAUUAUUAUUAUUAUUACAGAAACUUUAUAUUAUUUAUGAGGUGCUACAGCUCGGUCAGAUAUCUGUAAAAUCCUUAACAAUGCAGUAAAUGAUUUAUUGUACAUAAGUUCUGGACAUGGUGUAAUUAUAGACAUUGUACAGACAGUGCAUUAGAGUGAAAACACAAAAACCCUGUAGAACCUGAGGGACAAAGACAAUCUGAAAUGUAAAUAUACUGCACUGUUCAUCCAGCUUCUUCAAAUGACUUCCUUUCAUUAAAUACGUUCGUGUGAGUAUGAAAAGUUUAAACAUAAACUCUAGGCAAGUUUUACUGGUGUUGUGAGAUACUCGUUAUUCCAGAUCUACAGUGGAAAGUCACUCCUAUUUCUGGUAAAGAACAUUUCAUCCUUCUUUCCAUUACUACAGGAAAAGAGAAAGUAAAAGCUAACUGCAGUCUGUGGUUGUAAUACGACACUAUUAAUGUCGCUGGACGAAAGGACCGCAUCAACUGUGGCUUAAAUCUUAAUAGUCAAGGAAAUAAUUAUCUUCUAUCUGUAAGAAAAUCUGCCAACACUCCACAAGAGUCUUCCAGACAUCAUGUCCCUCCUUUAUAUUUCCAUCUUAUGGGUCUGUGCCUGUGUGGACAGUGCAGAAUCCCUGGUUACUGUAUCAGCUCAAGUGGGUUCCACAGUCAUCCUGCCGUGUAAAGUGCCUGAAGAGUUCAAACCAACAUCAUUUAUUAAGUGGCAGAUCGACAGAAAAGACCUUGUGUUUGAGAGAAGCAGUAAUAUUAGUAGGUCAGGUUCAGGAUAUGAAGGACGUGUGGAUGUUCCUUUGGACGAGCUGCGUAAAGGAAACUGUUCCCUGGUGUUGAAGAACGUCAGAUUUACUGAUGACCAAACCUACUAUUCCUUUACAAUGGUACAUGUGGACAAUACUGAAGCGAAAGAAAUUACCAGAGUUAAUCUCUCAGUCUAUGCUCUUCAGAUAUCAGCUCCAGUGGGUUCCACAGUUGUCCUGCCGUGUGAUUGGGGUCAUCUGUCCAUCAAAACUCCUGACGUUGUGUGGCUUAUCGAUUCUGAGACUGUGUUUGAGCGAAAGGGUAAAGAUUCAUAUGAGGGUGAAGGAUAUGAGGGUCGUGUGGACGUUCCUGAGGACGAGCUGCUUAAAGGAAACUGUUCCCUGGAGAUGAAGAACAUCAGUGUUAAUGAUACAGGAAUCUACAGCAGCUCCAUGAUUAAAGACACACAGGAACCUGUCUUGGUCCAGAAGGUUAAACUGUCAGUUGUUGACCACAGUGUUCAUGAGGGAGGAUCUUCAUUAGAGGAUUCAGACUCACACCAGACUGGAGGGAACAACUGGAUUAUUAUAUGUGUUGUGAUUGUAAUCAUCAUCAUCAUCAUCAUCGGUGUGUUUGUGUACUGCUGCUGUGUGAAAGGUCUCAGAUGUGCCAGAAACUCCACUGAACAGAAUGAAAAUGUUCAUCGUGACACUGAGCUGCAUGACAUAAGGGCCAGAACAGAUCUGGACAGUGUGACGUACACACCAGUCGCCACACAACCACAGAGUUAAUGACCAACACAAGAUGGUCUGCUCUGAUCUCAUCAUGGAUUUCAGAUCAUCUUAAACUUUAUCCCUGAGCCACUGAGCUGAUGUUCAUCUCUGGAGCUUCAUCACCAUGUCAGGAUCUUCUGAUUUACUGCAGAACUCUCAGAUCACACAUCAUGGACCAUCAGUUACUCUUCUAUCUAACCUGACUUGGUCUUGGUCAUGUGAUGUUACACUAAAUAAUGAACCGUGAACAGCUUUAAUUUUUACAUUUAUAUUUUUAUUUGUUGUUUUAUUUUGAUGUAGUUUGUUGUGUUUACAUUGCAGCAGUAAACACAGUAUGUACAAUGGCUGAAGUCAUGUGUAGGAACUUUAUAGCUGAGGAGGAUUCUGGGUUCAGCUCCUCAGUAAUAUAAAUUAAUAUCAUGUACAGUUACUGAAGUUUUAUUACAGGAGUGUUUCUUUUUACUAAAUCUUACUAAAACUUUUUUAAAAUUUAAUAAUAAUAAAUAAUAGUUUGCGUGCAUGAGUGUGUGCAAGUGUGUGUGUAUGUGUACUAUAUAGGAGAUAUGUGCUAGUUACUAACAGAUUUAUAAAAUGAAGCCUUUAUUUUUGUCACAUCUACAUUACAGCACAGGUUAAUUAUUUCUUCAUAUACUUUAUAUUGUCCCAUAACUUUGUUUGAGGUGAGCCAAUACCAUGGCAUUCUCUAAACAAACUACUUAUAGAGUGAUGCCUCACUGCCACAGACUACUGAAUCAUUCUAUCAGACCAACACCACUUUGGGGUGUUUUACAGGAGCAGAUCAGGAAACCUCCACAAAAAUAUCUUGGCCACUGUUCUGUUGGAGAAAUGGCUCAAAGUCCCUCAGGCCACUGUGCAGGACUUGUAUCUGUCAUUCAUUGUUGUGAAUUAGACGUUUUUCCUUUUUCCUUUAUACUACAUUUCCCACAAUCCUCUGCAGACUGCAUCACCGUUUUAAGUGCACUUCAUUACCCAUAAUUCUCAGCUGAGGUCUAUAAAUAGACCUCAUUUCCUUUUUUCUUUUGCUUUUGUGCAUUUGUGCCAUGUGUGUUUGAAUCUUUUCCAUUAGAUGUGGUAUGUAAGUUUUCUAUUGUAUUUUUACUUGAAUCUGAUGGGUUGUAUACAUGUCAUUAGUAGGUUUACAGAUAUUAUGUUUGCAUGAUUUCCAUCUUUAUUAUUAUUUGUGAGCCUGAUUUCUCUGUUGUAUCGUUUAGGAAUGAGUACAUCAGAGGGACAGCCCAUGUUGGACGUUUGGGGGACAAAGUUAGGGAGGACAGAUUAAGAUGGUUUGGACAUGUUCAGAGGAGGGAGAGUGAGUAUAUCGGUUGGACAUGUAACUGCCAGGCAGGAGGCAAAGAGGAAGGCCAAAGAGGAGGUAUAUGGAUGUAAUUAAUGAGGAUAUGAAGCUAGUGGGUGCAAGUGUUGAGGAUGCAGAAGAUAGGGAUAGGUGGAGAAAGAUGAUUCGGUGUGGCGACCCCUGAAGGGAAAAGCCGGAAGAAGAAGAUUGUGUGGUGGAAAUUCUAUUCUAUUAAUCAAAGAUAAUAGUUCAAGUGAACUUUCCCUAAGUUGCAGAGGAGAACACAGCAGAAUCCUGUGGAAUAUCAAACUUUUUUAUUCAAUACACUUGCAAGUGUGAAGUCAGUCUGUCCCAACCUAAGUCUGAACAGAGUGAGUUAGUUGGUUGUUGAGGUAGUAGACUAUUUAUACAUUGAGGUAGACAAAAGAUCCGUGUGUGUGUGUGUGUGUGUGUGUGUGUGUGUGUGUGUGUGUGUGAGUGUGUCUUCCACUGUGCGUGACUUCCUCCUAUCUUGUCCUUGCAUAAGCAGUGCAACGGUCACGCUGUUAGUCUCCAUUAUUUCCACACACCUGCAGCCUGCAAUGUUCUUGUUUCUUCUACUUAUUGUGCAACUGGAAACAGUUCAGUUCCCCUUUGUUAUCCUUCUGUUCCUAGUUUUCGAAUGUGUGUGUAUUAGUGUAAGUGUAUUAGUACCGAAUGUUCAAUGUUCAUUUUUGUUAUUUACAACAUUUUCUAUUACAAUUGUUUGUAGUGACCAGAACAGCAUCUUUACCAUCCUGUGUAUCCUAAACAUUCCACUUAUCCUGUAAAACCUGUGUACUGUGCAUCCAGUUUUAUUGUCAACAAGUUGUUCUGUGUCUGUAAAUUGAACAGUAAACUCCAGGAAAUGUGUUUAUUCGUAACAUGAAUGAAACAGAUCCUGGAUUAUGAAAAUAAAUCUGCAGCACUAAUCUGAGUGUAUGAGGCAUCGGGUCGUGUCUACAACAUUAUAAAUCAGUGGGAUGAGGUUGGCUAACAAAUCUUGCAGUCAUGCAUGUCAGGUUCUGGAAGAGUAAAAAGGGGUAACACAAACUUCUAAUUGUAAUGUGUCUGUCUGUGUUUUCCCCUUGUUUCUGUCUGUCGUCUCUCCCUGAUGUUAAUUGUUGACCCCGCCCACCUAUCUGUUACCAUGGACACUAAUUACAUUA